AUGUCCACCAAUGACGCCGUGUUCUAUCGGCGGAACAAGCAGAUUCAAGAUGCCAUUGACGGGCAGAAUCUUAAGCAGGCGCUGCAGCUGAUUGAUAAACGCAUCAAGAAAGGAGAGAACACGAGGUUUCUGAAAGCAUGGAAAGCUCAUAUCCUCUUCCGCCAUGCCGACGACACCCAUCGCCAGCGUGGAAUCGCUGAGACGCUCGAAUUGUGCAACGCCGAGCCUCCCACGACAGAUCUCGACACCCUCGACAUCCUUUACCAGACUCUACAGAAAAUGGGAGGCCAAGAGGAAACAAUGCGGAACAUCUGGGAGAAGGCUGCCAAGGCCAAGUCGCAGGACCUGGAUCUUCAGCUGAGAUGGUUCACAUAUGCGUUCGAAGGAGACGAUUGGAAGUCGGCGCAGAAGGCGGCGAUGACCCUGCAGAACAAUUUCCCUAAGCAACGGAAGUACCAUCUCUGGGCGAUCUUCCUCAGCUACCUCGUUGCGGCCGACGAAACCGCCUCGGAAAUGGACCGUAAACUCUUUGGAACAUUGGCUUAUCGCAUGGUCUCGAAAGCGGCCGAAAACGUGCCUUCUGAUCCGAAAGAGUUGCUGAGCCCUCCCAGAGCUAUUCAAUCCUCCGAGGAGCUGUUGCUGCUUGUUAAGAUAUUUGAGUCGCAAGGCCGUCAUGCCGAAGUUGUCAAGAUCCUCGACAGCGAGAACCUGGGCAUCACGUCGCGGCUCAUUCAAAAUGACUGGACGUUUGUUGGAGUGAAACUUGCCAACCUGGAAAAGGCACAGAUGUGGACUGAAGGACUGUCUUAUACGAAGACAUUACUUGCGAUUCCCACCAAUGAUGCCGAAAGGAAGGAUCUCCAGGAGCGGGAUGACUGGGCUGUCUGGAGUCUACUUGUCAAUGCUACUCGAAACUUGAAUACCCCGGAGACGACUUCGGAGGUUCAAAAAUUCGUUGCUGAUUUCAUCCAGUCGGAGCCGAAAUCUCGGAAUGCUCAAUUGGCUCGCUUGGACCUCCUUCACUGGCGUUUCGAAUCAGGAACUGUGGAGGAAGAGGAGCUGGUGUCUGCCUGCCAGGAAUAUUUCGACCUCAACCAGAACAAACUUUAUUGCUUCGGUGAUCUACUGAGAUACCUGGCCAAGUUAGACAAGGCUUCGGUCUCUAAGUUUAUCGAGUAUGCGUCGAAGAGCCAAGACGAAAAAGAGAGAAAGAGCGAAAAGAGCGACCCUCACAAGGGCGUUUCGACGAUCAACGCGCUAAAGCUUGAAUACUGUUUACUCCUGUCGGGUGACGAAAGCAACGCCUCCAAGUCGAAGGUAGAGGACUUCGUCUCUCGUUGUCUACAGAUCUACCGUGAGACUGGCCGUCCUGAGAAGAGCGAAGCACCAUCUACAAUCGAAAGCCAGCCUAGCGACGACCUGUGCUUGCUUGCAGCAAUGGCCCUCAUGCGGUUUAGUGGAACCUGGGUCGUCGGUCGCCAGGGCGAUAUCCCGGACUCCAGUCUUAUCCGCGCAGCAGCUAUACUGGAGCGCCUGCUAGUCGACUCUCCUCACAAUUACCAGGCAUUACUGCUCCUUGUAAGGAUCUAUCUCCGCCUGGGAGCAGGCUCUCUAGCCCUGAAAACCUUCAGCAAGCUAUCAGUGAAACAAAUGCAGUAUGAGACUGUGGCUCACAACCUCUUCACACGUCUCGCAACCAUCCAUCCUCACUCUGCACCACCAGUCGAUUUUGCCGAAUACAAAGACUUUAACCCCCAGUCUGCCUUUGUACAGGCUCUCAGUUUCUACCAGAGCGCGGACAUCAGGACCGUCAGGCACCGAUCAAGCGGCUUGGACCUUGGUAGCUACGUGAACAUUGAAGGCACUAUUGAGCUCCAGAGACGUCUGAGUCAAAGCAUUUGCCGCAGAAUGUGGGCCUUGGAUGUGAAGCGGAUACACAGACUGGCCGGCGGAGACCCGAUGGGCCGCUAUGAUUCCAUCGCUGAAGACACGUCUCCUCUGGCUGACCAACGUGCGUUUGACGCAUUCAUGAAUUGUGAAGCUCCCGGGCAGCCGACUUUCGAGGAGCUGAUGCGCUUAGGACCUCUUCCUCGGGAACAAUGGGUGAAGUCAGCCAGAAUCACCGACCGAUUGUUUGGCGUUCUGAAGGGCUUGUCUCUACAGAAGCCAGUGCCUUCCGAUUUAGAGUUGCCGCGCCUGGAGGAUAUUAUAGAUUCUGAUGCAGCCUCUGAGAUGACGGCUUCAGAAAUUGAAAGCGUCAAGGUCAACCUCAACCUCUUGAAAGUGGUCUGCUAUCUGGGUGGGUCCAAGUCGGUUUCCUCGCACCAGGCCGAGGACUGCCUUGCCGAGGUGCAGGAUUGGCUUGAGUCCAAAACAAAGGAAGUCGCCAUGGAUGAUGCAAAGAUCUCGUCUCUCGCUUCGCAGACGGGUAUUUUCUUGCGGCCCGACGCGCCCAUUGCGCCAACCUGGAAAACCUUCCAUGCUCUCUACGUUGCGCUCGAAUCACUCAAGGCGGUGGCGUCGAUAUCAUCCAUCGCCUUGAAGAAGGGCUCCAAAUCCGCCAAGCUGCCCAAGGAGCGCGUGGAACGACUGGUCAACUCUGCGAACCAGCUCACGGAAAGCAUCCGCGCGAACAGCCGGGUAUUCAAGUCCCGCCUGUCAGAAUCCGGAGUUCUUGGAGCCCUGGUAGACCUGGUGGUGGCCGGUGUGGGCCACGGAGAAGAUGGCCCACAGUUGCGGGCAGAGUUGGACAAGAUCUUUGACAUGUCAGCGCUGGAGAUGUUCUGCGGCGAGUUGAUGGAAAGCUGGGAAGAGGCGCUUGGAGGCGUGUUGGGGGUUCGUCUGUGA